UCAUGGUCAGACAGUGUUCUAGGUAAACCUGAAGCUUGUAUUUAAACAAGACGCUGAAUCCAACAUCACUACCAUCAGUCAAGGAAGUCCUGAUGAUGAGAUGGCCUCCGAGGGGCUUGUUGGGGAGAAAUCUCUGCUCACUGUAAAAGUUGUUUCGGCAAAGCCCAAGGCUCAGGGCCGCCAGUCUCGGAUCACCUCCUUUGUGGAGGUGGUAGCGGAUGGACUUGCCAGCGAGGCCAAGAAGACAGGGAAGCAGACCGGGAGCUCUGAGCUGCUCUGGAACGAGAGCCUGGUGCUGAAUGUCACCUCUCAAAGCCACCUGGACCUGAAGCUCUGGAGUUGCCAUGCCCUACGCAAUGAGCUGCUGGGAGUGGCGUCAGUCAACCUCUCCAGCAUGCCAAAGCAGAGCAAAGGGAAAGUGGAGAACAAGCUGCUGACCUUGAACCUGCAGGCGGAGAACAAAGGUGGCCUCCUCUCGGGUGGCGAGCUGACAGUUCUCCUGGACGGGCCUGGUAUCAAGGCAGGCAGCCUGCCUAAUGGCCCCGCUGUGGCCGAAGGGCCCCAGGGAGCCGGGAGGGAGUCCAGGGUCCUGGCUGCAUCCCCAGAGAACAGGCCCCAGGCGUCCAGCACAAACUGCUUUGGUGACAGGUCCAGAGCACAGAGGUCUGCAGCUGGAGCCCCCGGGCAGAAUGCGGCCCCCGUGGAGCAGAGCCAGAGCCCGAAGAUCCAGCAUCAGCAGCUGGGCAAAGGCCAGGAUGGUGGCCAGAGCAGGGCAGUGGACGGAGAGCCUGAGAGCCCUGCGGCCGACGCUGAAGAGGUGCCAGCAGUGCCCCCUGCAACUGUGCCAGAUGCGCCCCCCCCGCCCAGCGUGCCUCCUGUCCUUGCCGAGGCGGAGGAGCCUGGCCCUGACUCGGGCAGCCAGUCUUCUCGGUUGGCAGUCCAGACGCUGGAGUCUCUGCCACCUGGGUGGGAGCAGCGGGAGCUGCCUAACGGGAGGGUCUACUACGUGGACCAUAACACGAAGAGCACCACCUGGGAGCGCCCCCUUCCGCCAGGCUGGGAGAAACGUGUGGAUCCCCGUGGCAGGUACUACUUUGUGGACCACAACACGCGCACCACCACGUGGCAGCGCCCCACGGCUGAGUACGUGCGCACCUACGAGCAGUGGCAGAGCCAGCGCAACCAGCUCCAGGGCGCCAUGCAGCAGUUCAGCCAAAGAUUCCUCUAUCAGUCCUCCGGCACGGCGGCUGACAACGACCCCUUGGGCCCGCUUCCUCCCGGCUGGGAGAAGCGGCAGGACAACGGGCGGGUGUACUUCGUGAACCACAACACCCGCACCACGCAGUGGGAGGACCCCCGCACACAGGGGAUGAUCCAAGAGCCAGCGCUGCCCCCUGGCUGGGAGAUGAAGUACACGAGCGAGCGGGUGCGCUACUUUGUGGACCACAACACUCGCACCACCACCUUCAAGGACCCCCGCCCGGGAUUUGAGUCUGGGAACAAGCAGGGAGGGUCCCCUGGUGCUUACGACCGAAGCUUUCGUUGGAAGUUUCACCAGUUCCGCUUCCUUUGCCAUUCCAACGCCCUUCCCAGCCAUGUCAAGAUCAGCAUCUCGCGGCAGACGCUCUUUGAGGACUCUUUCCAGCAGAUCAUGAACAUGAAGCCCUAUGACCUGCGGCGCCGGCUGUACAUCAUCAUGCGUGGGGAGGAGGGCCUGGACUACGGCGGCAUUGCCCGCGAGUGGUUCUUCCUGCUGUCCCACGAGGUGCUGAACCCCAUGUACUGCCUCUUCGAGUAUGCCGGCAAGAACAACUACUGCCUGCAGAUCAACCCAGCCUCCGCCAUCAACCCCGACCACCUCACCUACUUCCGCUUCAUCGGCCGCUUCAUCGCCAUGGCGCUCUACCAUGGCAAGUUCAUUGACACGGGCUUCACCCUGCCCUUCUACAAGCGGAUGCUGAAUAAGCGCCCCACCCUCAAGGACCUGGAGUCCAUCGAUCCUGAAUUCUACAACUCCAUCAUCUGGAUCAAAGAGAACAGCCUGGAGGAGUGUGCCCUGGAGCUCUUCUUCAUUCAGGACAUGGAGGUCCUGGGCAAGGUGACCACCCAUGAGCUGAAGGAGGGCGGGGAGAAUCUCCGGGUCACUGAGGAGAACAAGGAGGAAUAUAUCAUGCUGCUGACUGACUGGCGGUUCACGCGGGGUGUCGAGGAGCAGACCAAGGCCUUCCUGGAUGGCUUCAACGAGGUGGCACCUCUCGAGUGGCUACGGUACUUCGACGAGAAGGAGUUGGAGCUGAUGCUGUGUGGCAUGCAGGAAAUCGACCUGAGCGACUGGCAGAAGAACACCAUCUACCGGCAUUACACCAAGGGCAGCAAGCAGAUCCAGUGGUUCUGGCAGGUGGUCAAGGAGAUGGACAGUGAGAAGAGAGUCCGGCUCCUCCAGUUUGUGACGGGGACGUGCCGCCUGCCUGUCGGAGGAUUCGCAGAGCUCAUUGGCAGCAAUGGACCGCAGAAGUUCUGCAUUGAUAAAGUUGGCAAGGAGACCUGGCUGCCUCGCAGCCACACGUGCUUCAAUCGCUUGGACCUGCCUCCGUAUAGGAGUUACGAGCAGCUGAAAGAGAAGCUUCUUUAUGCCAUCGAGGAGACGGAGGGCUUUGGGCAGGAGUGACAGACAUCUGGAAGGUGCCAAGAAGAGCCGUCCCACAUACCAGAAGGGGCAGAAUCCCUGGAGGGCGUGGUGCUGUUGAGAGCCUCUCAGGGACCGUUUGGGCCAGAUUUUGUAAAGGAGGCAUCCCCCUACAGGGCUGGGGAUGGGGGGCUGCUUCCCAAGGGCCCCCAGACCUUCCCUCCCUCCCUCCCUCCCACUAUGUGCUGAGCUGUAUCUCCCUGGGCAUCGCGGCCACCUCCCCUGGCACCUUGGGGCCUUCUGCAGUCCCACCUCUCCCCCCCUUGUGUACAGCUGCUCCCACCAGGGCCACCUGCGCCUUCUCUUGCCCAUAGAGGGCUCCAGCCCAGAAGAAGCCUCUCCUUCCCCCUCCCCCUCCGACAGCCUUAAUAUUGCCAUGAGCGCCCGAGCUCCAGCUGGGCUGGGAGCCGCCAUAGACUGGCCAGCCCCGAGGCCUUUCCCUGCUUUUCUGCGCCAGGUGGGCCUUUGUGCUCAGCAGCCCAGCCCAGCUGAUUUUGUGCCACGGGUUGGGGCACGUUCCAUGGGCUGCUCUCCAGUCUUGCAAGUGGAGGGCAUGACAGAAUGACCCUCCCCGCUUCUAGAUGGUGCCUGGCAGCUUUGGCUCCUUCGCAGACCAGCUCCUGCUCCCAACUCUGGACUGUGGUGCAGCCUCGGGGCUCUUGGGACCCCCCGCCAAGAGGCAGACCUACAGCCUGGCUGAGGCGGGGGCCCUGGGUUGGAGGGAACUGUCACUUGGAGAUCUCCAGACCAAAGACAGGCAGCAUCGGGGACAGAUUCAAAGACUUCCUCGUGGUUUGAGCUGUGCGUGAAUGUUUGAUUCCCGUGACUGAUGUGGCUGCCCAGCUUGAGCCUGUGGCCAGGGAGCCCAAGGGCAGAGGUUGCUCCGGCUCCGGGAAGGGUGUGCUUGUACGUCUGAUGCUCUUGGGGGCACCUUCGCCUCCGUGGAGGGUCUGUGUAUGUACAUGUAUAAAAACAUAUAUGUGAAUAUAUAAAUUUGUAUAUAAAUGUCUCUGGACACCAAGACCUGCAAUAGCUUUUGAUGGGACCUUAGAUAGUUUUGUACUGCACCAUCUGCCUCAGUAAUGCCAACUUCUUGUGCAAUAAACUAUCUGCAGCUG